UAAAAAGCCACAAUAAUAAAAAAUAAAUUUAAAACUUUUUAUUUAACUUUAUAUUAACCUGAUAGUUACGUCCAGCGAAUGGCAAACAAUUCGUUUGCUACUCCCAGCGAAUGUCAAAUGGUAAAGCAGCACAUGCGAUGGCAGCCGCACAACAAACAGAUUUCCAAAAGAAUUUUCGCGUGAUUGUAGAGAAGAUCUUCAACCACUGGCAAAAUCUUCGGCUGGCGGUGGAACAUGGCAUGGGCGGUCGCAAUGGCCAACAGGUGGCCAUUGAAAUCAUGGACUACACCUAUCAGUAUUGUGUGUCCAAUGAAAAUAUCACCCAAGGCGAGUUACAAGAAGUCCUUGAGGAACUGAUGGACCAGGAGUUUAAUACCCUCUGUGACGACGACUCCAUUCCGGAGAUCUGUCGGAAUCUCCUUCGUUACAAGCUGCUGGCCCAGCAGAAUCAAUAUCCACAAAUAGAGGCAGAAUUGAGUAAACUUCCUGCGGGCAAGGAGUGGUUACGUCCCGAUGUCAAGAUAACCUACACACCCGUAGAUGGGGACUCCUCUUCCGAUGAGGAUAUGGAUGAUGAUGAGUCGGACGAUGAUGAAAUGGGACAGAACGACGAAGACACUCCCAGCGGCAGUGGCAGGAUGACGCGUUCGCAGACGCGCAAACAGCAGGCCGAUGAAUUCGUGGAGCCUGAAGAGGGCUGGACCACUGUGCGACGAAAAUGACUUUCUUAGGGAUUAUUAAAAAGAAAGCUGUUAGUUUUUUAGUUGUAA